AUGCCACCACCCCGACAAGCUCCACGGGCCUCCAGGAAGUCAGUCAACACCCUGGCCGACGAUGAUCAUAUUCCUCGUCGUCAGGAGCUCGAAAACCUACGUAAAAUCGAUGCAGAGGACGCGUCGUGGAUUCAUAGACUCGAGCAAGAAAUUUCUGUCAAGCAGACAAGCAUCGAGACUCACCUAUACAACAUCGAAAACUUUGAAGUUGCAAUUUCUGCUUCGGAGGUCGUUCUUGAACGUCAGAAACUCCUCGUUGACGCCAUUCAGCGCGUACAGGAGACCUUCCGCAAUGGUUCACCCUCACCCUCGCUCCCCCUUCCUACAUACACCAUCUCUGAAUCUCGAAAUGCGUUCGAGGCGGCAAAAGAGGCACUCUAUGCACUCAAAGCAUGCAUAACAGAGGAGGAAACGCUGAUAAGCCUUCACCGAGCGCGCGCCCAGUCUACUGCGCGGUCAGUCGCCAGUCUGUCUCACGAGUUGGGACGCGAGCAAUCGGAAAUGUAUGAAGAGCAACAUUUAAUCAGCAUCAUGAAGGAUCAUCUAUCAAGGUUGAAGGACAACCGCGCACGGCGACUCACGAAGAUGAAUCGAGCGCGCCAGGUUGAGCUUCCCGACGGGCUGCUCGCCAGUAUAUUUCGUGACAUUGUGGAGACAGAGAUUCAUGAAAGGCGACUAUACAACGAUAUCUCACCAAGUUUCGCCGUACUUACCUUGAGUCACGUUUCUACCCGGUGGCGGUCACUCUGUAAAGGCGAGGCGACUCUUUGGAGAUAUAUACCAACGACGCGUUCUCAGAUAAUAUAUCACUAUGUAGGUCUCUUGAAGGAGAAUAUGGCGAUCGUACUUCACCUACACGAGACCCGCUCUUCCACCUCUCAACAUGUCACGAUGGCUUUGGAGGCUCUUUACGAGAGGGGAACUCCAAGGACAUUAGAAAUAAUUCAUCGCUCCGAUCGCUGGCUUUCGUUCAAGCUUCCUAUACGAUCAUGGAGGGUGCGCCAUAUUCUCCCAUGGUUUGCUGAAGACGAUGCGCGACGGGCAGUUAAGCAUCUAGAGCUUGAUGUAGGAGAGCUCAGUGCCAAACAGCUUGGAAUGAUCUUACGUGGGACUGAUCUAUACACUCUUGUACUGUCCGUUGGGGAAUGGCUAAGUAACUGGGACCCAGCGACUCAUGCCACCAUAGAUCAACCAAGUCUCAUAAGCAUCAAAUGCACACCAAGUAUAUUAUCCGAGUUACUCAGCUCCAUGAUUCGCGCACCAUCUCUCAGCCGGAUAUCCCUCUUGGCCCCCAAAAUUCGCGCCGCCGAUCAUAGAGCUGCUCCUGUGGUUCCUAGCAGGUCAUGGGAACAACUCAAGGAGGUCGAGUUCCACACGUUUCCUUCCGUAGAGUACACAGAAUCUUUGCUUGCCUCAUGGCUCGGGUGUAUUUCAUCAGUGAAACAAUGCACCAUCUCCGGACCGAACACGUCGCCUCUCUUCGCAGCUUUCAAAAAGCGCCUCUCUAUCUUCUCCAAGCUGGAGGAGCUGAUAUUUUCCGAGGCGGACGUCGAUACGGCCAUUCUAGGUCGAGCUAUGCAGGAUGGGGACAGUACGCAAGUCGCGUUCAGACGAGUCACUUUCAAGAGGUGCUCUGGUAUCACGCAAGAGUUUUGCGAGAGCUUGACCAGAGAUGGAUUUUCCGUCAGAGUUUAUGUAUAA